AUGUUCCCCUCUUACGCAUCUCUCUCCAACGAGCCGAUCCGCGACGUGGAUCUGACAAGUUCGCUGUAUACCAAUAUGGACACACAUAUCCCAUCCCACGAAGGAUGCCUCCUGGCUCUUGCAGCGACAGUUGCAGUUCUCGCAGCUUAUUUCAACGUGGAAAAUGCCAGAAUUACCCAAUACAUCAUUGCCUCGGUUCUGUUCGCCGUUGGAACCUCUAUCACUCAGCUGAAGUGGCUGUGGUUAAAAGGUACGAGACGCUUGCAAGAUUUACAGCUUUUGAUGAUGCUGGUCGAGGCCCUUUGGGUCUCUUCAUUUGGUCUUUUACCUUCGUGGAGGGUGAGCCUAUAUGUCAGUGACGCUCUCGACUAA